GACACGGCCCGGGAGCAGCAGAGAUGGCGGACGCGGAGCUGACGGUGGAUCUUAUUAAAGACAUCAAACAGGAGGAUUCAGAAGAUUCUCCGACCGGAGAAGGAGAAACGGAGCAACAAGAAAACACCAAUGGCGAUAAAACGGAUGCAGAAGAGGCCCCAAAAGAGAAGCCAGAGCCCAAAGAGAAAAGUUCUGGGUCCCGGAAAUCAAACCGCUACCAUCCCUAUAAAGACAGACAUGGCAGUUCAGGGGACAAGAAGAGCGGCCACAGAAACCGAGUGUUCAUUAGCAAUAUCCCGUAUGAUAUGAAGUGGCAAUCAAUUAAAGAUCUAAUGCGCGAGAAAGUUGGUGAGGUUACAUACGUGGAGCUCUUUAAGGAUGGAGAAGGAAAGUCAAGGGGUUGUGGUGUGGUUGAAUUCAAAGAUGAAGAGUUUGUAAAGAAAGCUAUUGACGUCAUGAGCAAACAUGAUUUAAAUGGAAGACCACUGAACAUCAAGGAGGAUCCUGACGGUGAGCAUGCACGGCGCGUUCUGCAGAAAACAGGAAGGAUGUAUGGUGGGGGAAGAGGGCAGGAUGCUGGAUGCAUUAAUGUUCCCCCCUCCAUCAGCAACAACCCCAACAUCCCCCCUGACAUCAUCAACGCGCUGCAGGCUGGCCGUCUUGGGACCACCGUAUUUGUGGCCAACCUGGACUUUAAGGUGAGCUGGAAGAAACUGAAGGAAGUUUUUAGUAUGGCAGGAAUGGUGAGGAGAGCAGACGUGAAGGAGGACAAAGAUGGGAAAAGUCGAGGGAUGGGGACAGUCACCUUUGAACAGCCGCUUGAGGCUGUACAAGCCAUCUCUAUGUUCAAUGGUCAGAUGUUGUUCGACAGACAGAUGCAUGUGAAAAUGGAUGAGAAAUCACUUCCUGCGGAUGACUUCAGACCAGCAGAAAAACAACCCCAGUUACCCAGAGGUCUGGGUGGCAUCGGCAUGGGUUUGGGUCCAGGUGGGCAGCCGAUAAAUGCCAACGAUCUCGGUGGAGGAGGAAUGGGCUCAAUGGGACCUGGAGGAAUGGAUGGACCAGGAUACAGUGGCAUGAACCGCAUGAGUGGAAUGGGUGGAGGCUUCUCUGGAAUGGGUGGAAUGGGAGGUUUUGGUGGUAGAGACAUGGGACCCAUGAGCCGAAUGGGAGAUAUGUAUCGUUCAGGAAUGGCAGGGAUGGACCGAGACUUUGGCAGGAGUGAUCUGGGAAUGAAUCGUCCAUUUGGAGACUCAUUUGGUGGUCUCGGUGGAGGGUAUGCAGGAAUGGGGAAUGCAGGAAUGGGAUCCAUGGGCUCUGGAUUAGGUGGAGGAAUGGGUAGCAUGGGAAUGAACACUGGGUUUGACCGAAUGGGUGGGAAUAUGGACAUGGGCCGUGGCUUUGGCCAGUAUGGAGGCGGUUCUGGUCACACAGGUGGAAUGAGUGACAGGGGAAUGGGGUCUAAAGGAGGAUGCCAGAUCUUUGUGAGAAAUCUCUCAUACGAUCUUACCUGGCAGAAGUUAAAGGAGAAGUUCAGUCACUGUGGUCAGGUGAUGUACGCUGAAAUAAAGAUGGAGAAUGGGAAGUCCAAAGGAUGUGGAACAGUCCGUUUUGAUUCUCCUGAGAGCGCAGAGAAAGCCUGCAGAAUGAUGAACGGAACCAAGAUCAACGGACGAGAGGUUGAUGUUCGUAUUGACCGCAAUGCGUAAAACGGACAUCUCUGCCCACCUGCAUAGCACAGCUGUUUUUUUUGUUUUGUUUUAAAAACAUCAUAAAUCACUGAACAGUUUCAACAGUCAUUUGAAAUCAAUGUUUGUUAGUUUUUUGUUGUUUUGUUUUUGUAAACCCUUUUUAAUUUGAAUGAAUACAUUUUAAAAAUUAAAGUUGGCAGUUGUAAAUUG